AUGCCCCCACAGGCCUACUCGCUCCCGGCUCAGCCCCAGCCAGCCCCGGUGUCUGACCCAAAACACCGCCAGCACAGAGACUCCAGCUCCAUCACCAACAAGCCCACCCGGGGAUCAACAAGGGUCCUCGGCGACUACACCCUCACAAAAACACUCGGCGCUGGAAGCAUGGGCAAGGUCAAGCUCGCCAUACACAACAUCACUGAGGAGAAGUUUGCAAUAAAAAUCCUCCCCCGCGUCCACCCCGCCGCCUCCAUACCCAACGGCUCAAAUGCAACCCCAGAGGCCAUCGCAAAGCAGGCCUCCAAAGACGCCUCAAAGGAAAUCAGAACAAUCCGCGAGGCGGCCCUGUCCAUGCUCCUCCACCACCCCUACAUAUGUGGCAUGCGUGAGAUGAUCAUCCAUCAGCAUCAUUACUACAUGGUAUUCGAGUACGUCAACGGCGGUCAGAUGCUCGACUACAUCAUCAGCCACGGUCGACUGCGCGAACGUGUCGCACGCAAGUUUGCCCGUCAAAUCGGCAGUGCACUCGACUACCUGCAUCGCAACAACGUCGUCCAUCGCGAUCUCAAAAUCGAGAACAUACUCAUAUCCGAAACCGGUAACAUCAAGAUAAUCGACUUUGGCCUCUCCAACCUCUAUGAUCCAACCGGCCAUCUCUCCACCUUCUGUGGCUCCCUCUACUUCGCAGCACCGGAACUCCUCAACGCCAAGGUCUACACCGGCCCAGAAGUCGACGUAUGGAGCUUCGGCGUCGUCCUCUACGUCCUCGUCUGCGGAAAGGUCCCGUUCGACGAUCAGAGCAUGCCUGCUCUCCAUGCAAAGAUCAAGCGUGGUCUCGUCGAAUACCCUGUCUGGCUCAGCGCUGAGUGCAAGGGUCUCCUCUCACGGAUGCUCGUAACAAAUCCCGCCGUACGCGCGACCCUCUCGGAAGUCCUCGAACAUCCAUGGAUGGUCCGAGGAUUCGGCGGUCCCCCAGAUUCCCAUCUCGUCCACCGCGAGCCUCUCCGUGCCGACGAACUGGAUCGCCAAGUAAUCAGGGGCAUGAAAGGCUUCGAAUUCGGGUCAGAAGAAGACAUCGAACACAGGCUCGUCGAAAUCCUUGAGUCCGAGCCCUACGUUCGUGCCGUCAGUGCCUAUAGUCGCAAGCGCGGUCGCAACGGCACCUCAUCAAAUCGUUGGGGCGACUCCUUCUCAAACUCGUCCUUGGCUGUCUCCUAUGACGGAUCCAACAACAACAUAAAUCCCAAAGGCAGUAGCGACUCCAUGAUGACUCCUAAGAAGUCAAAACGGUUUUCCGGGUUUGACUUCUACCGAAAGAAGUUCUUCUCCCCCGGCUCGUCGCCUCCAGUCACCCCGACCCACUCCCCACCGACCUCACAGUCCCACCUGUCCAUCAACGAUGGCUUUCGCGAGCCCCCAGAUCCAACUCGCGGGUUCGAUCCUCUUAUCUCGAUAUACUACCUCGCCCGCGAGAAGAUGGAGCGCGAGCGCGUGUACGGUCCCGGCCACUUUGCGAGCUCGCAGUUGUCCAUCACCAACAACGCCCCACCUGCCAACGCUCCUUCCCCUGACGAAACUAGCGCCGCCCCAUCCGCAUACAACCCGAAGGCACUUUCCCUUUCAUCGCGCAGGGACACGCAGCAGUUCCCGGCGCCCAUGUCUGCGAAAGCCGACUACAGCAUGCCUCUCCCACGUCUGCCUGCUCCGGAGACGUCACACUAUUCAGGGAUGUCUUAUGACGCAACCUCUGCUGCGCCCGCCACACCCGCCACCCCUGCAUUCCACGGUCAGCCACGGCCUCGCGAUGCUGGGCUCCCUGUCCCGCCAACCAUCGUCUCACCGCCAGUGGAUGUCACUUCCGCUAUACCGCCCACCACAGCACCCCUUCCACGUGCGCCGCCCGCAUCGACCCAUCGUCGCAGCCACAGCAUGAGCCAGCGCCCGACAAUGUUGCGCGGGCUCAGCGGCGUGUUUGGCCCCCGGGAAAGCCGUGUCGACGAGCAACCUGAAGAGAUGCAAGUUCCACAUACAGCUGGACCCGAGUUCGGUGUGUUCUCCACGGAGAAAGAACGCGUCGCAGGCACAGGCGGGGAAGAGGGGGAACCAUCUCAACAACCAACACACGAUGGGCCGUUGUCGGCUGGUGUAACCCUCGUUAAGCGCUUCGGGACGCUUCUCGGUGGUCGUGGUGGCGAACAGCACGAGAAGAGGAGCAUUGGCAAGCGUACGACGAUUGUGGGCGGUAUACCUCUCAGAGCGGGUACUACCAAUACCGACAACGAUAACGCGCCGACCGCGAACGGAGCCAACAGCCAGUUUGAACGAGGAGACCUUCGACGUCAAAGCACUUAUGCUCCACCUUCGAUCUCCGCCAGCCAGAGCCAGCCGUUGGCAAAUGCCCAUGUCCAUCGACGGGCGGCGACGAUUCUCGAUCCGCAGGGCCGUUCUAUGCGCCACGAACGGCGAAGCAGUACCGGUGGUGUACUCCUACCCAGCAUCGGUGCGUCCAUCGGACGACAUCGACGGCCAUCGACUGGCCACAGUACAGUUAGUGGCCGUCCUGCUGGGGUCGGAGGGGCACAGUUCGGACGUACGGAUGAGGUGGAGGAGAAUUACGUGGGAGAGCAGGAAGCUGGUGAUGGACGUACUGAAUCAGAUAGAGAACAAAACGCCAAGGACUUUAAGCCCGUGCAUCUGAAGGGAUUGUUUAGCGUUUCGACGACUACGACCAAGCCGCCAUCUGUCCUCAAGACAGAGAUCAAGAAGGUCCUAGAUCGGAUGCAAGUCCAAUACCGCGAGAUCAAAGGCGGCUUCGAAUGCAUCCACAUCCCAUCCAUUGCUAUUUCUUCCCCGCCACCCGAGUCGUCAUCUACGCAGCCCCGGACCAGUCAACAUCGUCGUCAGGGAUCUUCUGGGUCCAACGAGACCGGUAUCACAGCUCGAUCACUCGUCAAGAAGGCAUCCAAAUUGUCGUUUGGUGUCAAAUCGAAGGGGGACCGCGAGAGAGAAGGUAUCAAAGAGAAGGAGAAGGAGCAACAACAACAACAACAGCAACAUAGUGAUCAUGCUCCAAAUGUAUUGGAGAAAGAACUCCCUCACAGACCAUCCGUUGGCACCGUUUUAAGCGUUACGCCGAGCAGCGGGUCGUCGUCAUUCUUCAACGUCUCCUCUAAUGCGCACACUGUCCUCGCUGCUGAAGGAUCCCGCCAUCAUCCUAACCAGCAGCAAGAGCAGCAACAAACUUAUAAUACUCCCAAUGCCGCCGCUCCAGUGUUCGACGAGCAGAUACUCCGGCCACACUCUCCCGCCAAAACCAAGGUAUUACCGCCCAUACCCCGAGAUUUCGCUGCGACGCCUCUACUUCAACAACAACCUCAACAGCCCGGAACUCCGACACCUUCGAAACUUACGCCGUUCCCGACGGGAGAAGUGGAUCAUGAGGUGUUUGAGAUGAUAGGGGCCAACUCGCUUUCUGUGCGGUUCGAAAUCAAUAUUGUUAAGGUACCAUGGUUACCUCUGCAUGGAAUACAAUUCCGCAGAGUCGGUGGUGACGGCUGGCAAUAUCAAAUGCUCGCUAGGAGAGUUCUCACCGAAUUAAAGUUAUGA